UCCUUCCCGGGAAGCCUGGUUUUCUGCAAGCGGGGUCCGUAGGCCGCUGGAACCUGAGGGGCUAUGGCCGCUGCGGGGUCUGUGACGGUGGCGUUGCAUGUGGCGGAAGUGCUAGAAACCAUCGUGAGCGGUUGCUUGGGGCCCGAAGGGCGGCAAGUUCUGUGUACCAAGCCCACUGGCGAGGUGCUGCUCAGCCGGGAUGGAGGCCGCCUAUUGAAGGCGCUACAUUUAGAGCAUCCCGUAGCCAGGGUGAUGGUGGCCUGUGUUUCCAGUCAUCUGAGAAAAACAGGAGAUGGUGCUAAAACAUUUAUUAUCUUUCUUUGCCAUUUACUCAGAGGACUUCGUGAGAUCACAGACAAGGAAAAGGAUUAUUUCCUUUUUGAAAAUAUUCAAACCUGUGGAAGGCAUUGGAAAAAUUGCUGUCAGUGGAAAUUUAUUUCCCAAGCUCUUCUAACAUUUCAGACACAAAUAUUAGACUACAUUAUGGACCAUUACUUAAGUAGACACUUCUUGUCAAUCUUUUCUUCAUGCAGUAAAGAAAGAACAUUGUGUAGGAGUUCUUUAGAGAUGCUCUUAGGAGCAUACUUUUGUGGAAGAGUGGGAAGAAAUAAUCACAACUUGAUAUCUCAGUUGAUGUGUGACUAUGUUUUCAAGUGUACAGCUUGUGAAAGUAGGUUUGAAGAAGUACUUGAGAUAGUGGAUGACUGUUUUGUUGAGUUGAAAGUUGGUGUCACCGGCCUCCCUGUUUCUGAUUCCAGGAUCAUAGCUGGGCUUGUGCUUCAGAGAGACUUUUCUGUGUACUGUCCAGCAGAUGGUGACAUAAGAAUAGCGAUAGUAACAGAAACCAUUCAGCCUCUUUUUUCAGUUUCUGGAUCAGAGUUUAUUCUAAAUUCAGAAGCGCAGUUUCAGACAUCUCAGCUUUGGAUUACAGAAAGAACAAAAGCAAUAGUGAAACAUUUACAGAGUCAGAAUGUAAAAUUACUCCUAUCUACUGUGAAACAACCAGACUUAGUAAUUUAUUGUGCAGGACUGAAUGGCAUAUCUGUGGUGGAGUGUUUAUCAUCUGAAGAACUUUCUCUUAUCCAGAGAGUCAUUGGUCUUGCUCCCUUUGCACUACCAGAGGCCUCUUCUCAGUAUGAACUCUCGCACACUGCUUUGGUGAAAUUCUGUAAACCCCUCAUCCUUAGGUCCAAAAGGUAUGUUCAUCUUGGCUUGAUGAGCACCUGUUCGUUUACACCACACUGUGUACUUCUUUGUGGACCGGUGCAGGGUCUCAUUGAACAACACGAGGAUGCUUUACAUGGAGCAUUUAAAAUGCUUCGGCAGGUAUUUAAAGACCUUGAUCUAAAUUAUGUGACACAAACCAGUGACCAAAAUUGCACAUCAGGUCCUCGUAUAUAUGAGAAUAGUAGAGAAAACAAUGAGUUACCAAAAAUUGUUAACAGCUCAAUACAAAGGUCGUAUCAGGACACUGUUGUAAAGAACAAAGGCGAACUGGCAAAAACUCAAACGAAUUUAAAAGUAUGUUCAAAUUUGAUAGUUCCAGGUGUCAAAUUAGAGGAAAAUGUAUUGUGUUCAGGACCAAAAGUGGCAGUAACAGAUUCAUACCAGACAGAAGAAACAUUGAGAUGUUCAUCCCCAAACAAAGGGACGAUAAUGGAUGACCAUGAACCAUAUAUUGAGAGUAAUUCUGCUAACUCAACAACAGAAAAUACUAGAAGAGAAAUUUCUUAUGGAAAUUUACAGGUUACAAAACUUGCUAGAAAGGACAGCAUGUUAUCACUGAGAUAUAAGUCACUAGAGAUGUGUACUUCCCAAAGUUACUAUUUCUCAUCUAUACCAGCUGGUUGUGUUUUGCCUGUGGGUGGUAAUUUUGAGAUCUUAUUGCAUUACUAUCUUCUCAACUAUGCCAAAAAAUGCCAGCAAUCAGAACAAACCAUGGUUAGUAGGAUAAUAGCUAAUGCACUUUUAGGCGUUCCCAAAAUCUUGUAUAAGUCUAAGAAGGGAAAUUACAGCUUUCCACAAGUAUAUGUAAGAGCUUUCCAGGCACUACAAACCAAUCAACCCAUGAUAAGCAACCAGACAGGUUUGGAAUCAGUUGCUGGUAAAUACCAGUUACUAACUUCAGUUCUUCAGUGCUUGACAAACAUUUUGACUGUUGACUUAGUAAUCAAUAUUGAGAGACAACCUCAGGAAAUUUAUGAUCAAGAUUCAGAAGAGGAACUAUAAAAUUGGAAGCUUUUUAUUAAUCAGUUUUAAUCCAACUCAAGCCAUAAAACAAGGCAGGCGUGUGACCACUGAUUUUCAAGUUAAUUCAACCUAGUUAGGAAAAUAUAACUUUAAAGUCUUUAGAGGUACGUGAGGCCACCAGACAUUCAGAUAUGAAUAUUGUAGAUUGCAUUCAUUAUGGAACAGUUCUGAGGAGGAAACCUGGAUGAGCGAAGCCAAGGUCUGAGUAAGUGGAUCUUUUUUCCCCCUUGGUGUCCCUUGUCUCAGCUCUGAGUUAGUCUGUGGUUUGAGGGGAAGGUGUUUCCCUUUUACUUUUCUGCAUCAUUUUUCACUCUUCUUCCCUUCUGCCUUGCCUUUCUGUAGUUAGUUAAUAGAAUAAUCUCAGAUUUGGAUGAAGUCUUCAAAUGCCAUCCUACUUUAGUUGCUCAUAAAACAUUAUUUGCUUUAUUGAAAAUAAUUUAUUUUCCCUACUCAUAAUUUCUGUAGCAAAAGUCUCAUUCUUUUUUCUCAAACAGUAUAUAAGUAAAAUUAUUUUUUACUGUAAUUGUCCCCUUAUUUAGAGCCUGGAUAGAUUUUUUUCACCAUUCAUGCACCAUUGAAUAUGUUACCAUAAAUAGGAUUUUGUGGAUUGUAUUUAUUUUCAUUUCUUUAAUUGAAAUAAUUCCAAAAAGAAUAUGAAAAUCGUACUAUCAUUUUCUCCUGUUCUGUAAGAGCUUGCAAGACAGUUCAUGUAUCUGUUGGGUUUUCUUGUAUUUGAUGCAUAGCCAUAGUUCAGUAGUAACAAAUAAUUUGAGGGUUACAGUUGGCUGUCUGAUCUGUGGGUUGUACAUCAAUGGAUUCAACCAACUGUGGAUUGAAAAUAUUCAGGAAAAAAAUUUACAGAAAGUUCCCAAAAGCAUAACUUUAAUUUGCCAGGUACACUGGCAACUAUUUACCUAGUAUUUACAUUGUAUUAGGUAUUAUAAGUAAUCUAGAGAUGAUUUAAAGUACAAAGACUAUGUGCAUAGCUUAUAUGCAAAUGCUGUGCCAUUUUUUUUAUAAGAGACUUGAACAUCCACAGAUUUUAGUGUCUACUGGGGGGCGGGGGCUGGGGGUGUGUUCUAGAACCAAUCCCCCUUAGAUACCGAGAGACUGCUAUAUUUAUUUCUAAUAUGAAUUUUUUAAUGUUUAUGUUUUAAAGGUUUAUAAAUGCAAAUAAGACUGUGAUUCUAGCUGUGAAUAAGGGCAGUAUCUUCUGCUUUUGGUAGUUCUCUGUAACACCCUAGGCAGUACUAUGUUCAUACCGAGUUUUCAGAAGGGCUUGUUGAAUAAAACUGUUUUCUUUAAUCUGUUCUAA